GUACGCAUCCGAACGCUACGCACGUCGCACGUCGCUUCCGCGCUACUGUACUUCCACAAUCACGGCCAUCCUCGCCCGUGUUUACGUCAGCGCGUUAUCAGUGCGUUAUCGCCAUCAUCGUUUUAUUUCAUUUUUCUACCUGUCCACGGCCGCGACAACAUUGCGAAAAUGGCUUGUUUAUCGAACAGCUUCGACUUUGAACACAUGCAAAACUCGACCAACUGGGAGGCCGUCCAAAAGAAACGGUCGUUCGUCGCCAGAAAAAUGCACAAAAUCAACAAGGUAAGCGCCAUGCACACACAUACCCGGAAACCAUUAAUCUUUGCGAAUGUUUCCGAAUAUCCGUCGUCUCUUUUACGAUCGACCGUUAUUGACGGACGCGUUUCAAAAGGCAAAUUUAUUUACGAUUGGUUUUUUUUUUCUUUCUGCUCUUCACAGACUCUGAAACCGAUACUGAGAGCUUUGUGCCGCCGGAACUCCGUGACCCCCGCGGAACAGCGCGGUUCGGCCCUGGACCCGCGCCGCCUGUCGCCCGAAGAACUGGAAAACCUGCAGAACGAGUACAUCGAACGCAAACUGUCCCAGGCCGUGGUGUACGACGACGACUACUACUCCUCGGACACGGUCAGCCUGGAAUCCGGACUCGGGAUGUCGUUCGAGGAGCUCAGACAGCCGGCCGUCGAACACCGACUGCUGUCCGUGCUGCCGGAAGCCCGGUACUACAUGUCCCGCGACUUUUGGUUCGAAUCGGACAUCCGCACCGCCGGCCGUCCGUCCUUCACCAGGCAGCAGACGCCGCAGAGACAACAGCCGCGGUACGUACACUGAGCACGCGCCGUACGCUGCAGAUACGCCACCACGCCGAGGCGCGUCCGCCGUCGUCGCCCGAACGUCUUUCACGGAUAAUUAUACAAUUUUUUUUUUAUGUCUAUACGUUCGUUCAGGGAUUUUUUUUUUUAUCCCGCCGCUCAAACUUGUUGAUUAUUUUUUAUACAAAUAUUAUAUUUUACUCGUGUAUAUAUUAUUAUUAUUUUUUUUUUUUUGGGGGGGGGGAGAAUAUAUAUUUUUUCGCGGUAUUAAAAUUACCGGAUCUCAAACCGAUAAAUUGUAUACUGUAUAACUUUUAUUUUAUUCGCGAUUUUGUUUGUUUAUUUUAUUAUUAUUAUUUUUUUUUUUCGUACAAUAAAUAUAUAAACGUACUUUAUUGUAUUUUCGUCAGUACAUACGAAACGCCGACGUUUCGUUUGAUAACGGCGACGCGUUAUUAUAAAUAAUAUUAUAUAUGUAUUUUGUGAUAAAUAAUUUAGUUGUUUUUAACGGCGAAUCUGUGAUUUUUUUUUUUAAAUAUAAAUAGAGCCGUCAUAUACUGUGAUGUGACCGACUGAUAAUGAAUACAAAUAUGUAUCGUGUACAUUGUGUAUGUUCUCUUAUACUGUUGAAUAUUAUUGAAAUGAUUAUGAAUAACAAUAAAAAAAAAAAA